GUCCGCCACAAAGGGUCAAGAUAAAUGACGAGUCCUUGUUUAUAGAAGAAAAGGAGGAACGUGAACAUGACAUCGUUCCGGAAUCUGAUCACUUGCAAAUUUCAGAUAGUAAAGAGCAAAUACUUCCGCAAAAAGAUGAGAAAGAAGGGGCAAAAAUAAAGAAAAGUGUUUCGUUUGAUGUCAAGUCAAAUAAGCUCCUAAAACAGUCAUCAAAAGAGAACAAUCAAGAAGAUAGGCUGCAAAGCUCUUUAUUUUCUCUUAAUGAAAAAUCUGUAAAAAAAGAAUUACCAGUGAUGACUGGCGAGAUGACCCACGAGGAUAAUUCGAAAUCCAAACGGUUAUACUCCGAUAAAAUACAGUAUGUAAAUACGGCAUGGCUCAAUGGAACACCUUACACCAUUAUAGAGCGCAUCGGUCGUGGCGGAAGUAGUAAAGUAUAUAGAGUUAGAGAUUCAAGCGGUCAAGAUUUUGCCUUGAAAAAGGUUUCAUUCCAAGGAGUUGAUCAAAAUGCUAUUUCUGGAUAUAUAAAUGAAAUCGAAUUAUUGCAAAGACUGGCCGGACGAGAUGGCAUUAUUAAGUUAUACGAUUCUGAGAUUAACUAUGAUCGGGGAUAUUUGCUAAUGUUAAUGGAGUGCGGCGACAUUGAUUUGGCGCAUUUACUGAAUAAUCAGAAUGGAAAACCUAUAAAUAUGGACUUCAUCCGAUCUUUUUGGAGACAGAUGCUCGAGGCGGUCUAUACGAUCCAUCUGGAAAAAAUUGUUCAUUCGGAUCUGAAACCCGCCAACUUUAUUGUAAUUGCGGGUGUUCUAAAGUUGAUCGAUUUUGGUAUAGCGAAAACUAUACCGAAUGAUACUACAAAUAUUCACAGAGAACAACAAGUUGGAACUAUAAACUAUAUGUCACCAGAAGCCAUACUCGACACCAAUUUAAAUUCAUCAGGAAAGAAAUUAAUGAAAUUGGGGCGUCCCAGUGACGUUUGGUCUUUGGGUUGUAUUCUGUAUCAAAUGGUGUAUGGGCAUCCUCCAUUUUCCCAUUUGUCCAUGGUACAAAAAAUUAAAUGCAUUACUGAUUCAAACUACCAGAUUGAGUUUCCCGAAACAAUAAGUUUGACACCUAAGUUUAUUAAAUCGAAACCCGAAGACGUCUCUCAACAAAGCGAUGUUACUCAAACUAUCUUAGUCGAUGAAAAUUUGCUGAGAAUUAUGAAAAGUUGCUUGCAAAGGAAUCCAAAAGAACGCAUGACAAUACCUGCCUUGCUAACGGAUCCAUUUUUAAGCGAUUUACAAGAGUCAGUUUCGUUACCUAUAUUGGACAAUCUUCUUCGGGAG